CUUUAAGGAAGACUAUAGAGAACUGCUCGUAUUCUGGAACCAUGCUUGUCGCUGGAAAGUCGGCACCAGACUAUGUUUUAUGGAUAACGAACUACUCCUAACUACAUUGUUUCUAUAUAUUUUUAGGCUAUCCCUUCUUGCAAAAUACUACAAACUACAUGAUAAGUAUGCAGGAGUCUCCUCCACUCUCGUUGAGUCUGCCGAAAUUGGAUUCGCCUGCAACAGAAGUUAGCAACAUCCGUUUCCGAAAAGCAGGAGGACAACUAAAUGGGGGAAGCUCAGUAAUAUGUAAGAGUUCCUGUUCGAAGAUAAGAAUUACCGUGCAGGCGCUGGAGUAAAAAAAAGGCCUGGAUUGAUAUCCAAUCAUACAUCAGCUGGGGUAGAAGGAGAAGCUGCCGAGCUGCCGUUUCUUCCGCACAUGAAGGCACUGCUGACUUGACAAGACCUUAGAGAAACACAAAAAGAAAAAUCCUCAUCUUCUGGACACGGGCCAGUGUAAAAGAAGAAACAAUAGUAAGUAGUACUAACCUACUCUGCUAUAGAAGUACAAGUACAUCGUCACCAACAACAGCAGUGAGAAGAUGUGGACCGAAAAGCUGAAAGGCGUGGGGCUUCUCAGCUUUAUCUUUUGCGGCUACGCUUGGAUAUACAAAAACCGUGUGGGAGGGAUUUUCGAAGGCAUUGCACUCCAUGGUUUGUACCAAGCUUUUACGGGAUUGGUCACGACACUUGUGCCGGAUCGCCUAGUGUAUUCACGGAGCGCGCAAUUGGAAGGCUUCCAUAGGGCCAGGUGUAGCUUACAGGCUUUUAUAGACUUAAACUAUUUCAUCCUCCAGUUCAGAAUGUUGAGUCAGUGCACACAUGUCUUUAAGAUCACCAGAUUGUGAUUCAACAUUUGAGAAAACAUUCAUUAAAUAGUUUUUUUGUGAAAGAAAUAGUAUUUCUAUUUCGAAUACAACUGGCGCUGAAGAAAUGAUGAAAAGCAAAUUCUGCCAGACCUGUGGAAGGCCCUAGACCUAGGAGCAAUCUACCAAUCUACACGGCUACAGGUGUCUUACAGAAGCAGUUCUGUGUCCGUUGCUUGGAUGGGCUGCCAUAUGGCCAGGGAUUACUAAGGCAGCAUCCAGCCUGUUUUCGAUGCCAGGGCUGUUGCUACCAAUUUAUGACGAUGCUGAAAAGUGUUUGUUGGUUUUUUUCUUUUCCCCGAAAAGAAAAUGAAAAGUUUUGCAAUUUUGAAAAGAUAGACUACUUCGGUUUUGUGAGUUGUAGGUGAAUGAAAUGCGUUUCCCUGUUUGGGAAUUUGCAAAUACAUUGAUUCCAAAAUCCACAAACCCCACUCUUUCAUACUCCUUUUUUCGUCUUACUCGGAUUGCAUCUGGCAGCCUCUUUUGUCGCUGCUUCGGAGUUACGGACUUAUCCUUUUUCGCCCUUUCUCGCGCACGGCGUGGUUCACUGGAAACCAGCUCGAGUGUCACCUAGAGCUCUACGGCCUGUUGAUCUCACAACAAAACUCUUUGCAGGAGCAGCGAUUCUGCGAUCAGUGAUGCUGGUUGCGAGUCCGUCGAUGGUGUUAAGAAAUGAACUUAUAGUUUUUGAAUUGUUGGAGUGAAGAUGUGCUAAGUAUGAGUGAGAGCAAAAGAAGUUAUCAAAAGUUCGUCCAGAGUCAUUUUGUAGUGCAUCAAGAUCAUCACAUCUUGCUAGUCGGCUUGUCAGUGAUAUUGAUACAACUUCUAAACCGAUCCUUUGGCAGUUUGGUGAGCGUAGUUUUCUGUGGCCUAGCAGUUCAAGCAGUUUGUCGUGUAAGGAGAGGAACAGACAACGAGUGGAGCUGGCCUGUGCGCGAGUUCGUUUCAAUGUGCUGUGCAGGUUUAUUGCUGAAAGGAUAA